GCUAACUAAACCAUAUUUUUGAGUGCAUUAUCCUAAAUACAUUUAAUUUAAAAUAAAUAGUAUAAUGAAAUAAAGUUAUGGCCAACGACAAGACUGCACAUUGGAAGGAUUUACUAAAACGACGACUCGACUCGAACAAAGAUAACAGGACAAACGAAGAGAAGACAGCGGAGGAAACCAAACUUUUUACCAAGUAUUACACAGAAUGGAAAGGGGGUCAAAGUGAAGGCAAUUCGUUAAGACACAUCCCACGCUUCUACUACAGACUUCCUGCAGAAGAUGAAGUCCUGCUGCAGAAGCUCAGAGAAGAGUCGAGGGCCGUGUUUCUUCAGAGGAAGAGCCGUGAGCUUCUCGACAAUGAGGAGUUACAAAACCUUUGGUUUCUGCUUGAUAAACAUCAAGUGCCACCUACGGCUGGCGAUGAGGCCAUGAUCAGUUAUGAGAGUUUUCUCAAGGUUGGAGAAAAAGCAGGUGCAAAAUGCAAGCUUUUUUUCACAGCCAGAGUCUACGCCAAACUGCUUCAUAAUGAUCCAUAUGGGCGAAUAUCUAUAAUGCAGUUCUUCAACUAUGUCAUGAGAAAAGUGUGGCUGCACCAGACCAGGAUUGGUUUGAGCCUCUAUGAUGUAGCUGGUCAGGGUUAUCUCCGUGAAUCUGAUUUGGAAAACUACAUUCUAGAGUUGAUUCCUACUCUACCACAACUGGAUGGCUUGGAAAAAUCCUUCUAUUCGUUUUAUGUUUGCACGGCUGUCCGCAAGUUCUUCUUCUUUCUUGAUCCACUGCACACUGGAAAAAUAAAAAUUCAGGACAUCCUGGCUUGCAGUUUCUUGGAUGAUCUACUUGAGCUUAGAGAUGAGGAGCUUUCAAAGGAGAGUCAGGAGUCCAAUUGGUUUUCUGCGCCUUCCGCCCUUCGAGUUUAUGGUCAGUACCUUAACCUGGAUAAGGAUCAUAAUGGAAUGCUCAGUAAGGAAGAGCUGUCUCGGUACGGCACAGGAACUCUUACUGGCGUUUUCCUAGACCGUGUCUACCAGGAGUGCUUAACCUAUGAUGGCGAAAUGGACUAUAAGACCUAUCUAGACUUUGUGCUGGCUCUAGAGAACAGAAAAGAGCCUGCAGCGCUUCAGUAUAUUUUCAAACUGCUGGAUAUGGAAAACAAAGGAUACCUCAAUGUUUUUGCCCUCAAUUUCUUUUUCAGGGCUAUUCAGGAACAGAUGAAAAUCCAUGGACAGGAGCCAGUUUCCUUUCAGGAUGUUAAGGAUGAAAUCUUUGAUAUGGUAAAGCCCAAGGAUCCAUAUAAAAUCACUCUACAGGACCUAGUGAAUAGUGGACAGGGUGAUACAGUCUCGAGUAUUCUUAUUGAUCUCAAUGGAUUUUGGACUUAUGAGAACAGAGAGGUGCUGGUGGCCAAUGACACUGACAGCAACACAGCUGAUUUAGAUGAUGCAUGACAUCAUUUCUUACAUUGAAGUAAUUGUACUUCGGGACCAACCGUGCUGCUCUGGACAUGAAAACAUUCUCACAAGAGGAUUAUACAGAAUAGCUUGGUUGUAAAUUGAAAUGUUUAUUAAGUAUUAUUAUGUACAAAAAGAAUUGUAUUUUAUUUGACCUACGAUAUAUAAAAGUAGGUAUAUUUUCACUUGUGUAAUAAAAAAUAUUGAUGACAAAUAAAUUAUACAAUUUUUCAAAAUAAAA